AUGCUGUGGUGGCCCUGGGCCUCUUCACAUUAUACAGUCGUUCUGCAGCGGCUCCCGCAGUUGGGGCUUCAAAUUCACAGGGUAUGUCAUGCGGGUCGUGAGGGAUGCGACAACGCCGCAUCUUCAAUCAGAGUGCAAGCUGAUUUUAUAGCGAUCAUUGCGAAUGGCACUGAUUUCGCGUUGAACGGCGACAAUGUCUCAUAUCGGUUCCAUGUUAACAGCACCACCGGAGACUUGAUCUCUGAUCACUUCGGUGGUGUCGUCACCGGCACAAUCCCAUCGCCAGUGGAACCCGCUGUCAAUGGCUGGGUUGGCAUGCCUGGUCGAAUUCGUCGGGAGUUCCCCGACCAAGGCCGUGGUGAUUUUCGCAUUCCCGCCGUUCGUAUCCGGGAAUCGGCAGGUUAUACUAUUAGCGAUCUUCAAUAUGUGUCGCACGAGGUGAUUGCGGGUAAGAAUGCUUUGCCUGGCCUGCCUGCCACAUUUGGAGAUGCACAAGACGCUACGACUUUGGUAGUCCACCUCUAUGACAACUAUAGCUCCGUCGCCGCCGACUUGUCAUACUCCAUAUUUCCAAAAUAUGAUGCCAUCGUGAGGAGUGUCAAUGUGACUAACCAGGGCCCGGGUAAUAUCACCAUCGAGGCCCUUGCAAGCAUAAGCAUCGAUUUCCCUUACGAAGACCUUGACUUGGUCAGCCUCCGUGGUGACUGGGCCAGAGAGGCCAAUGUUCAGAGAAGCAAAGUGCAGUAUGGCAUCCAGGGGUUCGGAAGCAGCACUGGAUAUUCCUCUCACCUUCACAAUCCUUUCUUUGCCAUUGUAGAUCCAGCUACUACCGAGUCGCAAGGCGAGGCAUGGGGCUUUAACCUUAUCUAUACGGGUUCUUUCUCUGCCCAGAUAGAGAAAGGAUCGCAAGGUUUCACCCGGGCACUGUUGGGUCUCAACCCAGAUCAAUUGUCAUGGAACCUUGGUCCUGGCGAGACCCUAACCUCCCCGGAGUGUGUUGCAGUAUACUCGAACCAAGGACUCGGCUCAGUGUCUCGCAAAUUCCACCGACUAUAUCGAAACCACCUCAUGAAGAGCAAGUUCGCCACUUCCGACCGUCCCGUUCUCCUGAAUAGCUGGGAAGGAGUUUAUUUCGACUAUAACCAAAGCAGCAUUGAGACUCUGGCCGAAGAGUCCGCUGCCCUGGGUGUCCACCUCUUUGUCAUGGACGACGGCUGGUUUGGUGACAAGUACCCUCGCGUGUCCGAUGAUGCCGGGCUGGGAGACUGGAUGCCCAACCCAGCACGCUUCCCAGACGGGUUGACCCCAGUCGUGCAAGACAUUACGAAUAUGACCGUCAAUGGAACAGACUCCACAAAGCUUCGUUUUGGUAUUUGGGUGGAGCCCGAGAUGGUCAACCCCAAUUCCACUCUCUACCACGAACAUCCGGACUGGGCGCUUCAUGCUGGGCCCUACCCCCGUACCGAGCGUCGGAACCAGCUCGUUCUGAACCUGGCGCUUCCGGCUGUGCAGGAUUUCAUUAUAGGCUUCAUGACCAACCUCUUGCAAACUCCAGGCAUCUCUUAUGUUAAAUGGGACAACAACCGGGGAAUACACGAGACUCCGUCCCCGUCCACUGACCACCAGUACAUGCUAGGGCUCUACCGGGUGUUCGACACGCUGACCACCCGCUUCCCAGAUGUACUGUGGGAAGGAUGUGCCUCAGGCGGCGGCCGCUUUGAUGCCGGUGUGCUGCAGUAUUUCCCCCAGAUUUGGGCUUCUGACAACACCGACGCGAUUGACCGAAUCACCAUUCAAUUCGGGACCUCACUUGCCUACCCGCCAUCAGCAAUGGGAGCCCACCUGUCCGCGGUUCCUAAUGCACAAACUGGUCGCACUGUGCCUAUUACUUUCCGCGCUCACGUUGCUAUGAUGGGUGGCUCUUUCGGCUUGGAGCUCGACCCAGCCACGGUGGAAGGUGACGCCAUAGUCCCCGAGCUCCUUGCGCUGGCGGAGAAAGUGAACCCCAUCGUCUUGAACGGAGAUCUGUACCGGUUACGCCUGCCUCAAGACUCCCAGUGGCCUGCCGCACUUUUCGUGUCCGAGGAUGGCGCCCAAGCUGUUCUGUUUUACUUCCAGGUCCAGCCAAAUGUCAACCAUGCCGUGCCGUGGGUUCGGCUACAGGGGUUGGACCCUGAGGCGCAAUAUACUGUUGAUGGUGACCAGACUUACUCCGGUGCAACGCUGAUGAAUCUGGGGUUGCAGUAUAGCUUUGAUACGGAGUAUGGUAGCAAGGUAGUCUUUCUGGAGCGGCAAUAA